AUGAUCCGGCGGUUCGUGAAUCUCGUGGCGGAGAACUACAGGACCGGCGUGUACUCGCUGCACCGCCUGGACGUAUCCAAGCAUCUCUUCCACCAGUCAAGAGCCGACGCACGCGUAUUGCCGUUCCUCCUAGCAGAAGCACAGGACAAGAGCGGUGAUGAGGGGCUGCCGAUGCUGGACAUGUUGAAAGAGCUGCCACCACCGUGUGUGAAGAUCCAGCCGUCCUCCCCCAUCCAGCCGUUGUCCAGGGAGGAGCCGUUCACCAACAGGCUGCAUUUUUGGGGGUUGUUGAGCCCCCGCAGUAGUGAAGACAAAUUCCUCUGCAUGAACGGGAGGGGCGACACGAUGCUCUGUCAUGCUGACAAACCAUCCGUCGACCCCAUGCCUCACCUCCAAGCAGAAGGGGUGGACCACAUCUUCUUCUCGGUCGUCCGUCCUGAUGCUGAUGCUCAAGAUCACGGGGAAGAAGAAGAAGAAGACCUCUACGUUAUCCACAAUCUCCCAGAUCGGAGAGCCGCCUGCUUACGCGUCUUCAGAAAAGACGCCGCCGCCGAUCGUUGGCGCUGGGAGUCUCUUCCACCGCCACCCUUUUUAGGCGCCCCCACCAACGUCAAGUAUUCCUACACAAUGGUCGACGGAGGCCGCACCAUCUGCAUUUCCUCGGCAAUACCGCCGGGCAUCGGCACGCACUGCUUCAACACGGUGGAGCGUGAAUGGAGACACGCUGGUGAUUGGCGUCUGCCGUUUGUAGGCGGAGCCGAGUAUGUCCCGGACCUCGCCCUCUGGCUGGGAUUCUCCCCCUACAGUCCAUCCUACAACCUUUGUGGCACGUCGGACCUCAAUGCCAUGUCCGCGGACCACCCACCAAAGUUGCAGUAUGUCUGGCAGGACAUUGUCACACCGGAGAAUUGGGCGCCAGCAGGUUGGACCAAACUAGUCAGCCUGGGCUCAGCCAUAUUUUGCAUUGCUAGAGCCUUUGCAAUCGAGAUUCGACGACGUGGCAAGUUUGAUGAUGAAUGGUGGGAAUUUGAAGAUGAGGUGACUAUCCUAACUGGAAUUGAGGUGGGCAGGGACGACGAUGGAAGUCUCAAGGUGUGGAAGCACAAGUCCCUGCGAUACAACUCCAUGUACAGCGUAAAGAGGGUGCUGUAGAUCAUUCCUCUUGCCGCUUUGUCCUUCUAUUUCGUUCCUAUAUGCAUUAGAGGUGCU